UCAUUUUGUUCUUGAACAUUUCCACAACAUGCUCACCCUUCCUGCUCCUCCGUCUCCAAGUCCUCAGUCACCAUUACCACUGCCACCGCCACCGCCACCGCCACCGCCGCAGCCACAAAAGCAUGUCACACCAGUGUCCCUUAACAAAAUCAUCAUAUCAAAGCAAGCUCAUGCAAAUAGUGAGACAAGAGCCCCCAAAACUUCAAACAUUAUCCACACCAAGAACUCAACAAAGCAGUCAAUACUCAGGCAAACCCAACCCCACCGGACCAACCCCUUAGUAUGGUGCUGCGCAAUUCUUUGCCUCAUAUUCAGCCUCCUCCUCAUCUUCUUCGGUGUCUCGACUCUCAUCAUCUUCCUAGUCGUUAAACCAAAAACCCCACUCUUCGACACCCCAAACGCGCGCCUAAGCACCAUCUACUUCGACUCGCCUGGGUACUUGAACGGAGACUUCACCUUCCUCGCAAACUUCUCAAACCCUAAUCGAAAACUCGACCUAAGAUUCGAGUACUUAGCCAUAGAGCUUUACUUCGCGGACAGGCUCAUAUCGACUCAGUCUCUUCAGCCUUUCACUCAAAGGCCUAGAGAAACAAGAUUGGAGGCAAUUCACUUGAUAUCAAGCUUGGUUUACUUGCCUCAAAACCAUGCAGUGGAACUUAGAACGCAAGUCCAAAGCAAUAGAGUUAAUUACAAUAUAAGAGCAACUUUCAGGAUUAGGGCAACACUGGGGAUUUUUCACGUUUCUUACUGGUUGCAUAGUAGAUGCCAACUGCAAAUGUCAGGUCCUCCUACAGGUAUCUUAGUUGCUAAAAGCUGCAGAACAAAGAGAUGAAGAUUUUAUUACGGAGUCUUUCUGCAGUAGGACCUCCAACAACCGAUAGUGUAUGUUUUCUAAGCGUCGAGUCUUAUCCAAAACACUCAAAUAAAAAAUAUGCUGAAAAACAGAGUCCUAUCGGUAGCACAUUUUUUCAAGUCCUGCUAUAGAAAUCUCUUUAUAUUAUAGGAUAAUUUUGAUCUACUUUGAUUGAGAUGUAUAUGUAUACAUGUCUAAACUACUAUCUAUAUAUAUGAACACAAAAUUUUUUC